AUGUCUGAGAAGGUGAAAAAACAACAAGAUAAUCAACAAGAUGAUGAAACUUAUAAAGAACUUGAUGAGAGUGACAUAGAAGUGAUAAAAAAUUACGGACGUGGCGUUUACGAUAACGCGAUAAAGAAAACCGAGCAGGAUAUUGAAGAAGCUAUAAAACGAAUCAAUGAGAUUUCUGGUGUUGCUGAAAGUGAUACAGGUUUAGCACCACCAACACUUUGGGAUUUGGCAGCUGACAAAAAACUACUUCAAGAAAACUUUCUUCAAGUGGCACGUUGUACAAAAAUAUUCAAUGCUGAUACUGAUGAUCCAAUGUACAUUAUUAAUAUUAAGCAGUAUGGGAAAUUUGUAGUUAAUCUUGCUGACACUGUUGCUCCAACUGAUAUCGAAGAAGGAAUGCGAGUUGCUGUCGAUCGAUAUAAAUAUCAAAUUCACAUUCCCCUUCCUCCGAGUAUUGAUUCAAGUGUUUCUGCCAUGCAAUUGGAUGAUAAACCAGAUGUGACAUAUUCUGAAAUUGGUGGAUGUAAAGAAGAAAUUGACAAGCUUAGGGAAAUUGUUGAAUUGCCUUUGUUAAAUCCAGAAAAAUUCAUAAAAUUGGGGAUUGAUCCACCUAAAGGUUGCCUACUUUAUGGACCUCCUGGAACAGGAAAAACUUUAUGUGCCCGAGCAGUCGCCAAUCGAACUGAUGCUUGCUUCAUUCGUGUCAUUGGGUCAGAAUUAGUUCAGAAAUAUAUUGGAGAAGGUGCAAGAAUGGUUAGAGAACUCUUUGAGAUGGCACGAACCAGACGAGCUUGUAUCAUAUUUUUCGAUGAAGUUGACGCAAUUGGUGGAGUGAGAUUUGAUAAUGGAAAUGGAAGUGACAAUGAAGUUCAGAGAACGAUGUUGGAAUUGAUUAAUCAACUCGAUGGUUUUGAUGCUCGUGGGAAUAUUAAAGUUCUAAUGGCAACUAAUCGUCCCGACGUUCUUGACCCAGCACUUAUCCGUCCUGGCAGACUCGACCGCAAAGUUGAAUUUUCACUUCCCGAUCUGGAAGGUCGAACACAUAUUUUCAAGAUCCAUGUCAACUCAAUGUCUGUAGAUAGAGAUAUCCGCUAUGAGCUUUUAGCUCGUCUCUGUCCCAAUUCAACAGGUGCUGAAAUCCGUUCUGUGUGUUGUGAAGCUGGAAUGUUUGCUAUCCGAGCUCGUCGAAAAGUUGCAACUGAAAAAGAUUUUCUUGAUGCUAUCCAGAAGGUCAUUAAAAGUUAUGCAAAAUUCAAUUCGACGCCAACAUACAUGACAUACAACUAA